UGAGAGCACCUACUUUAGUUUAGCCAAGUAUGGGCUAAAGAAAAGGUGAUUUCAAUUUUAUUAACUACUACAGUUCUUAUAGACUCUUUAAUACACCUGUUAAAAAUGUAAAAAUCUACGAUGGUCCUCACAUUUAAUGUGAUUUUUCCAUAAGUAUAAAUGUACGAAGCCUUUAUAUAUUUGUUGAUAACCAAUCACAUAAAUCUUUUCUUAUCUAAUCUGUCAAAAUUAGUAAAUCGAUAAUUAGUUUUGUAAAAUAGUGAAAGACAAUCCGGGACCAUGGGUGUGGAAGUAGAACUAAUCCUCCUUAUAUCCCUGAUCAUUAUUUUUAUCGCAUCGUUUUGCGGAUUAUUACAGAAGAUUAGGAAAUCAUACGAACGUGAUAGAGAACUAACAGAAAGGGUAACUAAUAUAUCAUCACCAAGACUUUCUUUGACUGAAAUUUAUAUAAAUCCGACGUUUACACCUGAGAAUGAAAAUGGCCAAAAUCAUUCAACCAACCAUGGUGUAUUUCCAUGUGCGCCACCACCAUACACAGAAUUAUAUUGUGAACCACCUCCAAAAUACGAAGAUAUUAUUAAAGAUGGGAGCUGUAGACUAGAUAUGCCCAGCACCUCCACCAGCAGUAGUAGCAAUAAUUAGUGAUUACAUAGAUGAUCAGGUCAUUUUCACACAAUGAAAAUUUUUAUACAUUUUUGGAAACAAAACCAUAUUUGCACAAUGUGAACUUCAAGCAAUAACAUAUUUGUCUAAGUCAUAAACAAGCCAGGAAAAAGUAUUUUUUGAUAGCAAAUGUAUAAUUAGCCUUCAGUGUUGACGUAAUAAACAAAGGUAACAAUGACAAUAGACAUUCAUGUUUAACACAAAAGCAUGAGUUGCACUUAUCUGAACAAAAGCUUGAAAUGACAAAAAAUUUGGUUUUUGUAUACUCAUUCAGCUACGUGUCUUGUUCAGAGGAUAACCGUAUGUUGUGUACCUAUGUUUUUGCUUUAUUGAAGUGUAGGAAAGUUCUUGACAACAUAAAGGAUCAUUGUCCAUUUUAAUUCUGAUCUUAAUGAACAAAGGAAUCUCAUUAUACUUUUACAAAAAAGAUUUUAAAGAAGAUUCAUGCAAUACUGGAAUAUACAAGAGGUCUUUCACUAGUAUGAUAUUACAUAUUACAUUUGAUUGUAAUAUAAACAUAGGCUUGGCACAUUUAUACACGUUGUAAAUUUUUAAUUAAUAUUAGAAUUAUUUUUCAUAGUGUAUUUAUAUUACAAGUUGUAAAUGGAUGAUAUAAAUUUUAUUUAACA